UAUACUUUUCUCGUGUUUCUUUUCUCAUAAACUUAGAAAACAAAUAAAUAAAUAGAUUUAUUUUAAAUAAACUUUAGAAUAUUCAUCACAAUGGCCAGCAAUCAAAAUAGAGCUGGCUAUGUAUUCUUGAAGAACGAGCGAGUGGAAAAGUUCACAUUAAGAGUCUGUGACGUCACAAGUACUACUAGUAUCAGCACAUAACAAGUAUUAGUAUGUGCGCACGCAUGACGUCACGAGUACAAGUAUGAGCACGCGCAUUACGUCAUAAUCAGCGCUAGAUUGAGCGCGCACUAGUGCAUGCAGAAGAACUAGUACUUAUGAGCGCGCACAUUACGUCAUAAUAAAUACUAGUAUGAGCGCACGCUUUUAUUAUCUAUGCUGUGACAUGACCAAGCGCUCGACAUUCAAAUAUCAAUCAAAGAAAGUCAAAAAGGCUGUGAUCGUGAAGAAUUAUGUCGGGAUUCUUUUCAAGCUUUAUACAUUUAAGCAAAGAUGAAGACGUAUUGAAGUACAAAAACAGAGUCGUGCUUGUAGAAACUCAUUUCAAAAAACUUGCAAAACUCGUCGAAAAAUAUGCCAAAACAACUGAAAAGCUUGGUCAACGCGGUGUCAGCAUUUCCAACGCAGUUUCUACAUGUUUUGAAGAUUUGGAACAAGAAGACAUCACGCUAAACGUAGAAAAGUUCUGUACUAACUUAACUGCUUUACAAGAUGAAAGAAAGCAGUUUGCAAUUGACUUGAAAAGCAGAAUUGCUGGGGAUUUCCGCGUAAAUGAGACAAAAUGCAAAGAAACCAAGAAAGAAAUCGAUGUGUGCAUUCAUUUAAUUGACAAAGAACAACGCGAAAAAGGACUGUUGAACAAACUACAAAACAAAGUUCCAAUCGACAGAAGGAAGGUCAUGGAGACAAAAGUUCGUUUGGAGAAAGCUCAGGCUCUGACAAAGAACUCCAGAAACCUGCUAGACCAACAAAUGGAAGAGUUUGAGGUGGAGAAACUCCAAGACUCGGGCCGUAUCCUUCGGGAAUUUGUCCGUACAGAGAUGCAAUUCCAUGCCAAAUGCCUUCAAACUUACACAGACGCAUACAAACACUUAAUGAAAAUACCAGAGACGAUUAAUGAUGAUAACACAGUUUUUAGGCUUAUAGAAGAGAAAACCGGGAGAAAAUCACCUGAAAUAAAGUCGAAAGAUUUUCUUUUUGUAAAGAACAAGACACUAGAUUCACCUCUUUGUCUCGUCGAUCUUUAGGAAUACACUGAUUAUUUCUAAAAUAAAACUAUUACUAUUUUUCCAUCGUUUCACCCUUAUCUUGAUUCUCCAGUAAUAAAGAGUUCUUAUCUAUUUUGUA